CCCAUAUGGUAUCCACCAAUCGUGACUAGGCUGGUCUGUCGGUGUCACGACUGUUCGAACAAGGGGCCAACCCAGUCAAAUAUCCCGUUGUGGUUCAUUCAAAAGGCUUAGUGUCAUUUAUGCUCUUUGAUUUGUACUCAUUUGAAAUGAGCCUAAACAAAGACUAUAGAGAUUUAUUAAAUUGCUGAGAACGAACAGAAUCCUUGCCUGGCUACUAUGAAACGAGGUGGUUGGUGGUUGGUUCAGCUGCCGCCCGCCUACUAAACCGGCCUCUCACAAUAUGAUUGACCUCAGCUUUGUCUUAAAUGUCAAGCGCUUGCAUUUGCACCCCGCAUGAGCUCAUCAGGUACAGACUACACAUACUUCAACGGUAGCUCCCGCUUUGGCGCCGGCAUAUUCUCAUUGACAUCAUAUGAUUCUUGAAGAGGAAACGAAAUGUAAGCGUUUAAUCAUCGUUGUGGUAGUCGACUCGUCUCAUUUCGCCCUGUCUACAGCUCUAGUUGCUACGCCAACUACGCCAACUACACCUUCAUCAUGGUGUCAACACCAAGGCCGAAGAGUCGAAGAGACCCUCAGACGCCGCAAUCGCAGAAGAAACGCAUGCCCAAGGGCCGUUACAGUGAUGGACACUGGUGGUGUAACUGUGAACCCCGCCAGAAAGCCACACUCCGUGAGGUUAAGAAGUCUGGGCCGAACAACGGCAAGCUUUUCUGGAAGUGUGACGAUUGUAAUUUCUUCCUCUGGAGGGAUGAGGCCAAGGUACGCGAGUCCGGGUUGAGGGCUUCCCGAAGAGGUAGCGAAUCCUCCAAAUCUGAACCUCCACCCAUGACACAGCAAUCACUUGUGUCUUAUGGGUACCAAGUGACUCCGAGCCGGCGUCAGAGCGACGAUGAUUCUGCUAGCAGCACAGAAUCCGGCGAGGAUUCAGAAGCCGAUACCCCAAUGCCCAAAUCGGUAAGAAACCGAACCCAAAUUGCCGACCAUUCAAGGCUGCCCUCUCCGCCUACUGCAGCUGUCGAGACACCCAGUCGUGGGCCGUCCAAGAGACGGCGCGACGUCUUCGAGGAAGAUGAAGAUGAGUUCAGUGAUAUUGCCUCGGAUGAAGAGCGGCAAAUGGCUGCGAUUGCGGACAAGAGCGCCGAGAAGGCCGCCCAGAGCCGUUUCACUACACCAACUACCACUCGCUCUACCGAUGCGAUCUCGGGGAUGCCAACACCUUCUGUAUCGCGCACACUGUUUCCCACCAGCGAAUCCAAGAGACAGAAGCAAGUAUCUUUUGAGUAUACCCCCUCCAUGUCAUCUACUACUCUGUCAGCCAACACAACACCUUCAAAGACUCCAUGCAGAACGCAAGAGCCUCCUGCAAGUAGCCCUCCGGAGACGAGCUACGAUGUGACAGACGAAGUCAUGAAUCUUUUGAGAGGCCAAAACAUUGACAAAAGCGUUUUGUCAUCUGUGCAGAGUAUUCUGGAAACUGCAGCACGUCGCACUAAGGGCAUCGUUCUAGGCCGUGACUCUGCGCGGUCAAGCCUCAAGACCAAAGAUGACAACAUUGCUACCAUGCAAGAGCGUAUUACUGCACUCGAGAACCGCGAACGAAUGCACAGGAGUCAGAUGACGAAUAUCAAGGCUGGUUUGAUGAAGAUGUAUGAUGACAACUGAUUGUGUCAAGUGUCAGGUUAGACAUGGCAAGGUUAUGGUUAUAAUGAUAAUGCGAGCUUUGGACUUUGGUAAUGUAGUUAGAUAUACCCUUUUAGCGAUUAGUUAAUAGUAACAGAGUAGUUCUCGUGUGGCAGCCCAAAUAAAUACAUCAAGUUGAAGGUGUAUUUAUCGUGUCCGCUUGGAUUACACCAGUGACUGGCAUUCAAGAUAAACUACAUGUCGACUGGAC